CCCGGUCCUCGCAGCACUCAAUGAUAUAUAAGCGCAUUGUUGAUUCGAUUUCUUCUUCUCCCACAACAGCACAUUUUCCAACUUCUUUGACUCGAACAACCAACGACCAAACACAACUUAUCCACCAUGUCUAACCCUAACGAGCCCUCCAAGACCAACGGUCAGCUUAACUCUCUUAUCGGUACCGGCAAGACCCUCGUCGGUAACGCCAUUGAGACCGCCUACUCUACUGUCGGUGGCUCUACUGAAUCUUCUUCUUGGACCACUGCCGGUCAGAAGCAGCACGACAAGGGAGAGGCUGAGAUUUCUGCUGCCAAAACCCAGGGAUACGUUGAAGGUGUCGGAGACCGACUUGAGGGCAAGAAAGACUCUGUCGUGGGUGCUAUCACCGGCGACAAGACUCAACAGGCCUCUGGUAAUGUCCAGCACGAUAAAGGUGAGACCCAGAUGGACAUCAACAAGUCCUCAUAAGAUGUCGGAAGAGUGAUUGCCGUUAAAUAUUGUAGUUAAGUAACGACAUUGUAUGCAGAGAUUUAGCAAUCGCGUAUUGGCAGGAAACAUUGGUUGAAGACCUUAAUCGCAUCACCUGAAACGGUGCCCAUAAUACAAGAAUAAAAAUAUGUCGCUGAUCACUUGAUUAUCUGACCAUUUUAGACCUUCAACCAAAUGCAUUGAUUCAAUCCUAG